CACACACACACACACACACGCCCAGCCUUUCCUCCUCAGUGUAGGAGUCGGAAAGACCAGUUCACCCACAUUUUUAUGAACCGUUAGCCAAAUAUCGCCAUUUGGCUACCACAUCAGGCGAGGUAGCUGUCUGAAUACAUCGGAGUGGACAUGGCAAAAACUUAUGACUAUCUCUUCAAACUCCUGCUCAUCGGAGACAGCGGAGUGGGCAAGACGUGUCUGCUGUUUCGGUUCAGUGAGGACGCGUUCAACACCACCUUCAUUUCCACGAUAGGAAUUGACUUCAAAAUUAGAACAAUUGAGCUGGAUGGCAAGAAAAUCAAGCUUCAGAUCUGGGAUACAGCAGGACAGGAAAGGUUUAGAACCAUUACCACAGCAUACUACAGAGGAGCAAUGGGCAUUAUGUUGGUAUACGACAUCACCAAUGAGAAGUCAUUUGACAACAUUAAAAACUGGAUCAGAAACAUCGAGGAGCAUGCAUCAUCAGAUGUGGAAAGAAUGGUUUUGGGGAACAAAUGUGACAUGAAUGACAAAAGACAAGUGUCAAAAGAGAGGGGGGAGAAGCUAGCCAUUGAUUAUGGGAUCAAGUUCUUGGAGACUAGUGCAAAAUCCAGCACAAAUGUAGAAGAGGCCUUUUUCACCCUCAGCAGAGACAUUAUGACCAGGCUUAAUAGGAAAAUGAAUGAGAAUAACCCGUCGGGAGGAGGUCCAGUCAAGAUCACAGAGAAUCGCUCCAAGAAGCCCAGUUUCUUCCGCUGCGUUCUUCUUUAACCCUGCACUUCUUACAGCCUCGGUGUGUGAGGAAGCGCGUGUGUGUGUGAGAGAGUGUGCUAGGAUUAUUUUCUUUUAUUUUAAUGUUUAAUGGAGCUCAGUGUGUGUAUGUUUGGGGCAGCCUGCAGUCCCUCAGGAGUGCGAGCUGCUGCUGAGAGCCCUGGACACCCUUCCUCUGAAGUCUAUACUGAAGGCUUAAAUAAGGAAGAGGAAGAUGGAGCUCAUCCUAAUCAUCCUCAGCAAGUUGCUACCAAAGCUUGUAAAGGCACUUUUUACGUAACAGUGUUAAAUUAACAUUGUAGCAUUUACAUAUGAAGAUACUUUCGAUUAGUUUUACACGACAGUCAUUAUGGAUUAUGAAGGAAAACAUAGGAGCGCCCUGGCUAUAUGUUCUUUACUUAGUCUGGGGCUAGUUUAGGGUCAAGAACACUGACAUGAAGGAGCAUAAAGUUAGGGAAACUAUGAACUGAAGGAUCUCCAUUGAUUAAAGGACUUCUUAGGAAAAGCUCUUUGUCAUUUUUUAAAGAUGAUAUGUUUUCUGGUCCUGAGAAAAAUGUCCUUUGAUGUUUACAUUGAAUAUGUUUGUAGGUAGAUUCAUACGAAAUUUAAAUAGAAAUGAUCUGAGUGAGGAAAGCAUAGGCAAACUGUUCAAAGCAGGCCACAGCUUAAACUGCAGGAACGGAGGUGUUUUGCCGAAUGCGGUCUUCCCAUCUUCCUCUCCUAGCUUAUGCCACCAUAAAAACGAAAACCAAAAGACUGAGAAGUACGGACGCUGUGGGUGGGUCAGAGCUGUUAGAAGUGUUUUAGGGCCAUUAAUGGUUUCCUUUCUUCCUGAAAGGAUGGGCACUCUACAUGCUUCCGUGGUUAACAGUGAACGAAGGCUGGUAGAGACCUGACCGUGUCUUCUGACUCAUUCUUAGCAAGGUUGGUGUUUGUGGGUAAAUUAUUCCUAUAAUAUCAUAUACAUUCCAUGUUCUGAUUGAAAUUGAACACACACAGUGUAGACAGACGUGGAAGACUCUUGUCCAAAUGCUUGUUGAAGCAGCAGCCAGCUUUGCCUCAACUGGGCCCUGAAUAUUAAUCCACAUUAUUAUGUUUACUAAUGGUAUUAUAUUUUUAUACUUUAUCCAAGGAGGCACCUGUUACCUGUUACUUACCACUCCAUAAAAACCACUUGUUAACCUGUUCUAAAACAUGUUGUUAUAUAUGUGUGUGUGUGUGUGUAUGCGUGUGUGUGUGUAUUUUAUAUAAUCAAUUUCAGUGUAUUUACGGUAUGUUGAUGUUGCUUUGCCUUUUCUAAUUCCUCUUUUUUAAGAUUCCAUGUGUGAAUUGAUUGUGUAGUGUUUACAGUACCACUGCUACAGUAUUUUUUCUGUUCUUGCACUAUUUGCUGUCUGUCUGAAAGACCUGUCCUGUUUGAAAAGCCACUGGGACCCUUUUGGAGAGGUCUGUCUUAAUCACUUGCAAUAAAUUGUGAUACCUCAGUACUGAUUGUGUGGAACAGUACAGAGGUAAUUAACCAGAUUCCUUAAGUCAAAUACUGAAGUCCUAACCCAAAGAUUCCAGAGGUCCUAACUCAAAGGUUCCAGUUGACCCUUAGGACAUUAGGACACCAGUCUAGUUAUCAUUAAAUCUGCUCAUUUCAUUCCA